CAGUGAUUGGACGCUGGCUGCUUGGCAGGAAGAAAGAGCUGCUGUGUCGAGGCCGAGAACUCACACACAAACCGGAUUUGGACGCUACCGGACCCUUACGUGGAGGUGAUAAAUAGCCCACUGGACAGUCGUAGGGUCUGUUUACCGGCUCGUCGGUGGCUGGAAAGCGUUGUCUGCGUGCUGCUGCUGUGAAGGCCGCUACGGUCCCGGCUGUGUGUCACAGCAAUAAUCCGCCGCUAUUAAUGAGGCUGAGGGGAGACUGGAGCUGCGGGUGGCGCACACAAAGCUGUCUGACAUGUAAGCUGCUAUCUCUGGCUGACAGCUGAGGCUGCCCACCGGAUAAGCAUCCCGUCGACUGAGCUGAAGACACGGCUGUCUGUCACGGGGGCAGCGUUCCCCCGUUACCGUGGAUCCGUUUGACCAGGACGCCGUAAAAAGCGCAGUUUGGAGCCUUUUUGCAUUAGUGCCAUGACUCAGCCUGGACAGCAGCUGCUCCCCACAUAGAGGUCACUUUACCUCUCCUUCCAUUUGCGUUAGUCCAGAGGAUGCUGGGAAUGUGUCGUGGGCGGAGGAAGUUUCUGGCGGCCUCCCUCGCCCUGCUCUUCAUUCCAGCACUCACUUGGCUUUACCUGUCAGUUGGAGGUUUUCAAGUGAAGCCUGUCCCACUGUCUGCAAUAGAAGCCCAGGCCUCAACGCCAGGUGGGGGGCCUGGAGAGAGGCAGGCCUUAGAGUUGAGGGUUCGGGCAGUGGAGGAAGAGAACCGGGCACUGCGCCGAGAGCUCAGCCGGCCACCCAGGAGCCCAUCUGCACGCCUUCCAAGUGGCGGUCACCGUGGCAACCAAAGCCGAACCCAUUCAGAGGAGGGCACUGGUGAUAAUGAGGGCCAAAAAGUUCCUGCAGUGGGAAAUAGCUCAGACUGCGUGCAGCAGCCAGUGGUGGAUAAGUGUGAGACCAUCCACGUGGCCAUUGUGUGUGCAGGCUACAACGCCAGCCGCGACGUGGUGACCCUGGUAAAAUCUGUCCUCUUCCACAGACGAAACCCCCUACAUUUCCAUUUCAUCACAGACGCCAUUGCUCAGCAGAUCCUAUCGUCUCUGUUCCGUACCUGGAUGGUUCCUGCUGUCAGAGUUGACUUCUACGAUGCAGAUGAACUUAAGUCUGAGGUGUCAUGGAUUCCUAACAAACAUUACUCUGGCAUCUAUGGUCUGAUGAAGCUGGUGCUGACAAAGACCCUGCCGUCCAACCUGCAGAGGGUCAUCGUUCUGGACACAGACAUCACCUUUGCCACUGACAUUGCUGAGCUUUGGGCUGUCUUCCACAAAUUCAGAGGUCAGCAGGUACUAGGUCUAGUGGAGAACCAGAGUGACUGGUACCUGGGGAACCUAUGGAAGAACCACCGACCCUGGCCUGCUCUGGGAAGAGGCUUUAACACUGGGGUGAUUUUGCUUCUCCUGGAUCGGCUGCGUAAGCUCAGAUGGGAACAGAUGUGGAGGCUGACUGCAGAGAGAGAACUAAUGAGCAUGCUGUCCACCUCGCUGGCAGACCAGGACAUCUUCAACGCUGUGAUCAAACAGAACCCCUUCCUGGUGCAUCAGCUGCCCUGCUUUUGGAAUGUCCAGUUGUCUGACCACACCCGCUCUGAGAAGUGUUACAAGGACGUUUCAGACCUCAAGGUGAUCCACUGGAAUUCUCCCAAAAAGCUGCGUGUGAAGAACAAGCAUGUGGAGUUUUUCCGGAAUCUCUAUCUCACUUUUCUGGAGUAUGACGGCAACCUGCUGAGGCGAGAGCUGUUCGGCUGCCCCAGUGAGGUGGACCACAACAGUGAGAACCUCCAGAAGACUUUGUCAGAGCUAGAUGAAGAUGAUCCGUGCUAUGAGUUUCGCCGAGAGCGAUUCACCGUUCAUCGAACCCAUCUCUACUUCCUCCAUUAUGAGUAUGAACCCAGCUCUGACAAUACUGAUGUUACUCUAGUUGCUCAGCUCUCUAUGGACAGGCUCCAGAUGUUGGAGGCCAUCUGUAAACACUGGGAAGGCCCCAUCAGCCUGGCCCUGUACCUGUCUGAUGCUGAGGCCCAGCAGUUCCUACGUUAUGCUCAAGGGUCAGAGGUGCUGAUGAGUCGUGGGAACGUAGGUUAUCACAUAGUCUACAAAGAGGGACAGUUCUACCCGGUCAACCUCCUCCGCAACGUAGCCAUGCAACAGGUCACCACCCCCUACAUGUUCCUGUCAGACAUUGACUUCCUGCCCAUGUAUGGCCUCUAUGAGUAUCUGAGGAAAUCAGUGGUGCAGCUUGACAUGGCCAACACCAAGAAAGCUCUGGUCGUUCCAGCAUUUGAGACGCUGCGAUAUCGCCUGUCCUACCCCAAAUCUAAAGCUGAGCUGCUCUCUCAGUUGGACAUGGGCACGCUCUUUACCUUCAGGUAUCAUGUAUGGACUAAAGGCCAUGCACCCACUAACUUUGCCAAAUGGCGGACUGCCACCACGCCCUACAGGGUGCAGUGGGAGGCUGACUUCGAACCCUACGUCAUGGUGAGGAGGGACUGUCCUGAGUAUGACCGCCGCUUUGUGGGCUUUGGUUGGAACAAGGUGGCACACAUCAUGGAGCUGGAUGCACAGGAAUAUGAGUUUGUGGUUCUGCCCAACGCCUACAUGAUCCACAUGCCUCAUGCUCCCAGCUUUGACAUCACCAAGUUUCGCUCUAAUAAGCAGUACCGGGUCUGCCUGAAAACCCUGAAGGAGGAGUUCCAGCAGAACAUGUCGCGGCGCUACGGCUUUGCUGCUCUUAAGUACAUGACAGCUGACAACAACAGCUAGCUACCACUGCAGACCCUCACACCCCUGAACUAUUGACCGCUCUGAGGCUGGGGAGUAGGGCGCAGGAAACCCGUGUGGUGAUCAUUUGAGACUUGAGUUGCUCAAACUUCAUUAGCACAUUGGGACUGGAAGAUCUUUAUGAUCAGACUGUGUCCUUUUGAUAAUCCAAGUGAAGUUCACUUCUGCAAGGAUGUCAAACCUGUGAAAGGUGACACAAGUGAAUAGUGGAAGUAAGCGAAGGAUAGCAGACAUUUGGUCAGUGGGACUUGUGUAACAUUAUGUAUGUAUGCAAAUGUUUGUACGUGCAAGUAGAUACAAAGUGUGCGUGCGUGCUCCAGGACAGAGGUGAAGCUUACACUGCACUGCGAAGAGGAACGGCCUCCAGCUGCCAUGAAGUGACAGAACAGCAGCAGUCUGAUUGACAGCACACCCCAAAUCAAAUGCAAAUCAUCACUAGACACAGCUGCCAACAUGUUCAAACACAUUCUGAAAUGUCAUUGUGACAAGUGGCACGCACACCACAGAUACAGAGGGGAGCAGGCAGCCGACCAUCUGCUGCUCAGACGACCAGGGAUGAGAUAUGCAGCGAUGGCUGGAGGUCGUCCAUGUGGCUGAUGUUCAGGGUGUCAAACAUCUGAGCCCGAGCUUGAUGCUAGCAAAUGUCUUGUGUGAUGAAGGUAGCAGUGCACUGAUCCACAGAUCGGCUCACUUUUAUUUGCCCACCUGAACAGAGCAACACAUGCCUCGUCAUUGGCAUCUUCCAACACCAGUAUGAUUUUCAUGUCCUAUUGGCUGGAGCAGGGACGUUAACUGAAGCUGCUAUAGAGUAUAUCCACCAGACACUCAGGACCAUGACGAGAUGCAGUCGCUUCGUUUUUCAAAUUCAAAAUAGAAAUACUUUACAAAGUAGUUAAGUUCCAUUUCAAAGCCUGCCUGCAGAAUCAGUGAUCACUUGCACAUGUACAUACUGUUUAAUUUUGACAGCAGUGGAUUGAUGUUUUUCCACUAUUUUAGCUUGAAGUUAAGAACCACAGUUUCCCCCUAGUCUUAAAGACUCAUUGACAAGAUGAGCUGCACCAACGUAGGCGGCAGCAGGAGACAAAACACUGUCAUAAAUUCCUCCAGAUUGUUUUUGUUUGACAGGUGGGUCUUUACUCUCCCUCAUCUCCCCACUGCACUACACACACUCCAGAUUAAUUAAGUAUUUAUACAUGUGUGUCCCCUAAAACGUUCACCUCAUGGAUGAACUUUGUUUAAAAUCCACUUGAAUCCACUUUACAAAGUUUCACCCUUCAGUUUAACAAAGUCUGGAUGGAUGAGAGACAAAUCAUUAAGAAACUCUGUAGCUGUUUGACCAUUGGACAGCGGACUUCAAACCAUAAUGUUCUGUCUGCGAUGAUUCACAAAUUAUAGCUUAUCUGAUCGAUUGAGCUUCCUCUAAACAGUGAUUUCUGAUUCAUCACUGAGGCUUAAGAGUAUUUGCAUUGAGCUGCUGAGGUUGUGCUGUAUUAACUAGCAUUCAACACUGGCCACCAUCCAUGACAUAACCAGUUAGCAGUGCUAUACAUCAUCUGGUAGUAUCUGAUUCUGCGGCUGAAUAACGACAUAUGUCGUCAUAGUUAACAAACAGGAACGUCUAAAGAAUCAGAAGAUACUAGAGAGGGUCAGAAUAACUGAUAUAGCAAUAUAAAAUAAAUAAACCUGCUGACAUUAACAUAGGUCUAGUUAUGGGAUAAUAGGAACUUAAAAUGACACAAACCAAAGGAGUCUUCUUAAACAUGUACAUUUAAAAGUCUUCUCAGUGCCUUGUAGAAGUGUUAAUUCCCUUUUUCACUAUUUCAUUGGAAUUUUUUUGGAGAAUAGUUUUCAUUUUUUUCUUGAGGUGUGCUGUGUACUCAGCUUCCUUUAAAGCCCUCUUUACACAUUUAGUGGGACAUUGUGGCCCAUUGUUCAAAGGAGGGGAUGGAGAGUUUAGGCUGAAGUUCCAUUGAGGUCUUGUGUGUCUAAAGCACCUUCUUCCAAGUGUUUCUCCCAAACCAGCAAAUGUUCUUUUUAUGGUUCUUCCAUAAACACUGGGGUUGUGGACUAAUAGUUGCUCUGUGGACUGAUUCAUAUCCUGAUUAAUGCCCAUUCUGUUACUGCUGAGCCAAGACCAAAGUAAAGAAGGGUUAUGAGUUUAAAGGGAUUUUAACUUGCGCAACAUAUUUCAAUGCUGCUGCCACUGGUCUCUCUCUCACUUCAUGAAACUUGGGGCCUGUGUCUCUGUCUCCAUCUUGCUCUCUCUCUUUAUGAUUACACUCUCGCCUGGUGUGAGUACAAGUGAGUAAACUGUGGCUUUGUUCACUGCACAUGCGUAGGCGUGAAUGUGUCUGGAAGUGUGUAAGUACGACAAUGCUGACUGAUGCUGCUACCUGAAUAAAGCAGAUUCAAACA